AUGGCUUCUACCACACCAAUAAAGCUAAACAAGGAUCAAUUCAUCCUUAUAUCUAAAUUAUGUAUUCCUCUGAAUAUCAUUUCUCUCAUUUCUUCUGUUGCCUCAUGCGUGACAUUUGUUUUCAUACGAACAUAUUAUCCUAAACUCGCGGAUCGUGUUUCAUUUCGUUUAAGUUUUGCGGCCUUAUUCUGUGAUAUAGCCUAUUCUGGUCAUCUUUUAUUUAACCUUGUUUGGGAGGCUACUCCCGGUUUUUUGUGUGGAUACCUGGCUUGGGCACUCGUAUUUCUUGCUCUUUCUUCACUAUUUUUAAUCGUUUGUAUAGCUUUGGUAUGUAUUGUCGCGGUUGAUGCUGAAAUUGUUUAA